CAAGCCUCAUUUCACCGGGAAGGCGAAGUGUUACCAAAUGAUGGAAGAGCACUCCCAGUGUCUGUCUUCUUAGUCAUGACUCCCGCUCGUCAAAGAAAGUCUGCGCUGCGUGCUUGUAGAGGUGCUCUCCAUGCUUCCACACCCUGACUUUCACGGUGGUGGUGGUAAUGCACACUCCCCGGGUUGUGGAGAUGCCCUGCAUUUCUGGAUCUCCUUCCGUGAUCGCUUGUAUUUGAUUGCCGAGUAAAUGCGUGACGUUAGAAACACUUCUUACUACAUCUUCUUAUUUGGUGGAGGACCAUGUGCGAAUGGUGAUAUGGUUGGCACGGGCUUCAAAUGAAAGGUUCUGGUCCAAAUGAGACCCAAGUGGAGAGGGGUGAGGUUGUUUUUUGACAUGUUGAAAUCUUUAACUGAAUGAGUGAGGGAUUUUGGAGCAAUAAUUAUGAGUUGUAUUUUAUUGUAGUUUGAGGAAAUUGUUGCUCAUCCAGGUAUAGAACGAAUGUAGAUGUAUGGCACAUGGUUGGUCAGGAGGUCGGAGAAGUCAGAGUGGUAGGAAGCGUUUGGUUUAGGGGGGCAGUAAAUGACUGUAGUGACGUGGAGAGUGCUAACAGGGAGUUUGUUAACAAUGUGUUCAAAUGACAGUGCAGCAGGAGUGGAGAUGAUGGUUGUGUGGAUGUUCUUUUUGUGAAUUACAGCAACACCACUGCCCCACCCCAGCCGAGAAGGGGGUUUUCAAUGUAUGGGUAUCCAGUGGGUGUGGCCUGAUUAAAGGAUAAGUAGUCCAUUGGUUUAUGCCAGGUUUCAGUCAGACAAAGGAAAUCUAGGUUUUUGUCGGUGAUGAAUUGGUGUGGGGUGGAGGAUUUAUUAUUGGAGGAGUGGGUCUUGAAGAGUGCAAAUUGCAGUUUGUGAUGCUUUUUGAUAUAUUGAUAUAGGUCCGGUAUCAGAAAAAGUAUCGGAUGAUAUCGGCCUGCAUCUAAAAUUUCUGAUAUAGGCACCCCGAUGCAAGCAGUCCGUUCGUAACAGGUUCUGCGCCACUGCUUCUAUCCAGCAGAAGAACUUCCAUUGAUAGGAACAUUCGGUACUAUUGUCUUUUGGGUGUACAAGCAGCAGUCUUGUUUUGAUGUAAGGUUUUACUACUGGGUUUGUUUUGUAUUAUUUAAUGACCAGUUGUAUUUGUUCUGUUGUUCCCCUGUUAUGCAGUGUGGUUGUGACAGUUUGAAUGUCAACGUGGUGACUGAUGAGAUCCUCUGAGACAUUGUCAGAACAUUUGCUGGUACAGGACAAUGCCUCAUGUGACAGAGCAAAGCUGGACUUUUCCACAGCAUGUGUAUGUUUUCUUGUGUCCUGUAGACGUUAAUGAAGAACAUCUACACCCUGAGCAGGAGGAAUGGAGCUCCAGGAUGGACCAAGAGGAGCCACAGCCACCACACGUUAAAGCGGAAGAUCAGGAGACCCAGCCCCCCCACCUUAAAGAGCAAAAGGACGAUCACAGCAUCAGUCAGGAGGGAGAGCAUCUUGAAGGACCGGAGGAAUUCCCAGUGAUUGGUGUCAUUGUGAAGAGUGAAGAUGAUGACGACAAAGGUGAAAAUGUGGAGAAGAGAGAGGUGGAGCCUCCAAGCAGCAGCUCAACUCAACACAUGACAGCAGAAGCUGAUGGAGACCACUGUGGAGGAUCACAAGCAGACAACCUCUUAGCUCCACUAUCAGAUAGUGACGACACAACGUCACACUCUCCUGACACUGAUGAUGAAGACCCUAAAGCUGAUAUGACAUGUCACACUGACAACACACACUUUAAAUGCUCUCACUGUGGCAAACAUUUUGGCAAGAAGCUAAAUCUGAAAAGACACACGAGGCUUCACGCAGGAGAGAGACCUUUUACCUGUUCAGUUUGUGGCUUACGUUUUGUACGGAAUCCAGAUAUGAAAAGACACAUGAGGACACACACCGGGGAUAAACCUUUUACGUGCUCAUUGUGUGGCGUCAGAUUGUCUCAGAAGUCAAAUUUGACAUCACACAUGCGAAUGCAUACUGGAGAGAAACCUUUUACCUGCUCGUUUUGCGGCCUAAGAUUUGCUUAUAAGUCAUGUUUGACAAAACAUACAAGAAUACACACUGGAGAGAAACUAUAUUCCUGUUCAGUCUGCAACAAACGUUUUACUGUGAGUUCAGUAUUGGAUCAACACAUGAGAAUACACACUGGAGAGAAACCUUUCACCUGUUCAUUCUGUGGUGUAAGUUUCGUAAGGAAUUCAGAUAUGAAAAGGCACAUGAGAAUACACACUGGUGAGAAAGUGUUGAGUUUCAGUGUGUGUGGUGAAAGAUUCUCUUAUAAGUACCAGCUUAACAAUCACAAGUGUGCUGGUGAGAACAGCAUGUCAGAAGUGACUGCAGAAAUAUCACAAGCUGUCGAUGUUUCCAUUUAUGUUGCCAAGUUAUGACUAAAUGUUUUCAUUGAAUUUUCUCUGAUUGCUUUGUGAUAAACAAAAAUAACUAACAGUAACCAGAAUACAGUGUCCUUGUAAAGAUGUCUGCAAGUUUGGAGAAUGUCUCAUAUUAAUUAAAACUGUGUGAUUAAAUAAAGAGAAUCCAGGCCGUCCUACAUUUCCUGGAGGUUGCCACAAUACCAGACGGUAAAGAUCAUGAGUGUAAUGACACCUCCUCACAUGUGGGAGGCAGUAAUGCUAGCAUGUAUUAGCUGUGUCUAGUCUGCCGGAAAUGGAAAAAAGGAUCAAGGAAAAUAAAGCAGCAAGACGAUUCGAUUUAACCUUUAUUGCUGUUUGUUCUCAAUCUGGUACACAUUGUUACUUCAUAUAGAGAAGGGUACACAUUAAUAAUUCUUCGUCUCGGGAUAAACUCGUCCCCACAUCACUCUGAAGCUUCUCGGGCUAGUUUAGCGUGCUAGCUGCUAACAAAGGGACGCGGAAGUGAUCAACACAUCGCUAAGCAGCAAUCGAGUGUGAUUGUGUGAAAAUGUGUAAAGUCCAAAUGCUGAGAGCGUUGGUGAAUCAGCGGCUAACUGCGGCUGUUGAAGAAAUAUUUGUAGUGUUGGAAAGAACGAUAGCAGAGUACGAGGAGGAACUUUCUCGAACAAAAGAGGACAACGAGCGACAACGUCAACUACUGGACGCUGUUUUCAAGCCUCGAAUGGAGUCACGCAGAGCAGACGUCAUUGAAGAAGAUCUUCCCCCAGAGCAGCAGGCGGAGCCACAGUCGCCCCACAUUAAAGUGGAAGAGGAGGAGCACAGCAUCAGUCAGGCGGCGCUUGAAGGGUUAGAGGAGUUCCCAGUGAUUCUUGUGCCUGUGAAGAGUGAAGAUGAUGAAGACAAAGGUGAAAGUGAGGAGAAGAGAGAGGUGGAGCCUCCAAGCAGCAGCUCAACUCAACACAUGACAACAGAAGCUGAUGGAGACCACUUUGGAGGAUCACAAGCAGACUUAGCUCCACUAUCAGAUAGUGACGACACAACGUCACAGUGUCCUGACACUGAUGAUGAAGACUCUAAAGCCGAUAAGACAAGUCACACUGACGCCACACACUGGAAAUGUUCUCUUUGUGACAAAACUUUUGGCAAGAAGAGAAAUCUGAAAAGACACAUUAGGAUCCACACAGCAGAGAAACGAUUCAUGUGCUCCUUCUGCGGUAAAAGAUUCUAUCACAAGGGACAUUUUGAAACACACAUUAGAACACACACUGGAGAGAAACCGUUUUCUUGCUCAGUUUGUGGUAAAAGUUUCUCUCAGAAGAUAACUUUGAUAGCGCACAUGAGAACGCACACUGGAGAAAAACCCUUUUCCUGUUCAAUGUGUGGUCAGCGAUUCACUUAUAGUACAAACUUGACAGCACACAUAAGAAUCCACACUGGGGAGAAACCUUUCAGCUGUUCAGUGUGCGGUAUAAGAUUUGCACGGAAUUUUGAUCUGAAAAAGCACUUGACAAAACACACUGGGGAACUUAUUGUCAAUAAUAAUAAUAACGCUUGAUACCUAUGAGUUUUUACAGACAGAAAAGAUGCUGACGAUGUGAGGAAGUGUGUGUGUGAUGAAAGAUUGUCUUCCAGGUGAAGGGUUAACAUGUCCACAUGUAAAUAUAUAAAGGUACAUCUAGCUGGAUAUAAAGAACGUAAUAAGGAUACUAUGGAUAAGUAAGACAGUAUUACUAAAAAAGUAUUGUUAAAAAAUAAAAGUUGUGUAAAAGAACAACUUCUAACGCUGCAAUAUGAUGUUAUAAUGAGAUGUUUGCAAUUAAAUCAUCAUCUAUCACAUGUGCCCAACAGACACACAUUUUUCUUCUUGAGUAGAGAAUCGUACAUUUGAACCUCAAUAAAAGAAAAAUAUACAAACACAAUUAUAUUAAUUAUCAUAUUUGAUUAAAAUCCACUUUGAAUAAAAACAAGCGAGCUGGAGUCUACCUCAGCUGAUUUGGGGUAAGAUGUGGGGUACAUCCUCGACAGGUUGGAGAGUUGCUCUUAUUACACGUCAGUAUGGUAAUUUGUGUAUAGUGUAAUCUUUUUUUCUGGUGUGCUCUGUGUGUUUUAUUAUUACAGUAUAGUGUUAUUUUUUGUAUUGACAUUUUCCAAAUUAAAACUAUGAUGUGUGAUUACACUGAAACAAAGAGGACAUCUUGCAUUUCCUGAAAGUGACCACACCAGGGGUCACCAACACAGUGCCCGCGGGCACCAGGUAGCCCCCCACGACCACAUGAGGCGCCCGCAGGCCUGCUUUUCAUUCAGGUUUUUUAAUAAUGUGAGAACACUAGAAAGAAAUGUAUUCUGAAACAUAAAAUGUGAGUUGUGGAUACCAGCAUUUUGUGAAUGUUUUAGUAAAACAAGCAUAUUUGAUUUGUUUGGGUUGAAAUAAGGUAUGAAAAUCAUUUCUACAAAAAUGAGUAGCUCGUGGCCAUUUUCAUUUUCUAAAAGUAGCUCUCGCAAGAAAAAACGUUGGUAACCCCU